CAUUGUUCUCGUCGUCGUAGUCGCAUUAUAUCAGUCGUCCGAACUUGUGCGAUUAUAACGAAAUUGAAAAAAAUAUUAUAACAACAGUCGUUGGUAUCGUUCUCGUGUUCGACGUUCGUCGUCCGUCGUCCCGCUGUCUCGCUGGUUUUUCGUGUAAUAUUCGCAUAAUACUUGUACGCGUAUUUUUUUUUAACGUUAUUCGAAUAUCUAAGUAAUAACUAGUUUUUGUUCUUAUUAUUUUUUUUGCCGAAACGUUUUUCCGACGUCCCACCUUAUCAUGUACCACGUAAAAAACACUAAUCGAUUAUUCCAGGCGGUGUGCGCGUAUUACUGUUUGGCGCUGGCGUCGUCCGCUGGCCAUGAAAAGUACAGAUACUGCGAAAAUUUAAAUCCCCAGAAUGCUAUUAGUAUCAACUUGGUACGCGAUGUUAACGAUAAUUACUAUAUUCAGUGUUCGGAUUUAUGUAGACUUAAAAUGACUUAAUUUGUUUACUUAUGUUUUAUCUUAUCUAGAUGUAGUGCUCGAAUUGGGAAAAUAAAAGAAGAGGGACUAUAAUAGAUUUAAAAAAAAUUAGCAUCCCUUGCAAUUAUUGAACUCAACUUAACCCGUUAGGAGCAAAGCAUAAUACGUAAUACAAUAAUUAAUAUUUUUAAAACAAACACUAAUAAACACUAAUGCAAGCUAACUUUUUACUUACUCGAUAAUGGUUUUUUUAGAUUUUACUAUGAUUAUUACUACUAAGAUACUAAAACAUACUAUGAUAUUUGAUUUUGUAAUUCAUUAUUAAUUUUUAAUUUAAAGAAACUACGGAAUAUUCUUAGAGAACUUUUGACAGGUCACUUCGAUUUAAAGGAAACUUUUAUUUUAUUUUGGAUUAUUACAAACAAGGAUAAUUUUUUCACAGAUUUAACAAUGUAUUGUGUAUAUUUGGAGGGAAUGUCAUAGGGUUUUUGUGUUAUUCAAAAUAUACAGCUCGUUAUAAAAGAUACAAAAAUAUUUCUUUUUUCUUUUUAAAUAACUGUAACUUUUUUAGAAGUUCAUAAUUUAAAAAACGCAUAAUAUUCCAUUCAAAAAAUUGUUUUAUGUACAUUUGAUAAUAGGUACUUUUAAUAAAAAUUAAGCUCGUUUUAAUUAUUCUGCGUAAGCAUUGUUUUUGCAUGUUACCCGAUAGUUGGACUGAUACAGUUGAUGCAAGUAUAACGUCCUCAAAAAAAUUACGUGAGGCAAUCUACUAAAAGUUGAAUAUUAUGAUUGAUAUUGAUCAAUGUAUGCUCGUUCAAUGAUAUUACUUUUACCAUUUAACUUCGAAUAUUGAAUAUUAUCUUGAAACUAAAAUAUCCCGCACUUUGAGAGGUUAGGUUUUGAAAAUAUUAUGGGGGGCUCACUAUUUUAUAAACACAUGCACAGUUUUACCUAAAUUUUACCAUACAUUAACUAUUUUUAUUUUCCUUAAAUUUUUCGUUAAACAAUUACUAAAAUAAAGUUAUUUGUUGUUUUGUAUGUUAUAACAUUUUAAUAAUAUUAGCAUGAAAAAUCAAAAGACAGAAAUUAAAAAAUACCAGAUACCAGUUAACCAUUACCUGGUUGACUACCAAUUAAAAUUGACUAUCUAAAAUUGUUCUCUGCUAUCAAUAUAAAACAAAAUAAAACCUUGUAGGUUGCUUAAAGAUAAGGAACACACAGUUCAUGUAUUAUAAUAUGUCUAAUAUUUAUACUUUUUACGACCUAUUGUGUUCGUCGUUGAAAAUCAACCUUCAAAAAUCAAUUUUAUUUGGUAAAUUAUAUUUUUAAAAAAAGUUUCUUUAUAGUUUUAUACACGGGUACAAUAAAACAAAUGGUCUAUUGAGAUAUUUAAGUUUUCGAUGUAUAUUUUUAUUAUUAAUGCCCAUAGAUUCUAAUUUGUUCUGAAAAAAUCCCAAGUGUUGCCAGUAUUAUAGUAAUGCAUUUUGCUAUUUUUUACAGACAACUGGUAUAUGGUACAUGAUUGUAGUAUACAAUCAUAGAAUCAAAGGGGAACCAAUGGGUCAGUUACUUAGUGUAUGUCCUUCUAUUAACUUGACAUACGCUAACGAACACACUGACACAGAACUAAAUUUUUUGUGGAAGGAGACCGUGUCCUCCAUUGAAUAUCAGUUUAAAAUUAUCGAUAUAACUUCCCCUGGUACGUGGAUGUCGAUCGGAGAGCAAAAAGGUAAAUUAACAAAAACAAUUUUCAUUAUUAUUUUUUUAAUUUUAAAUAUGUUGGAUAUACAUUUUUAACCAUUAAACCCUGACGUCAAAAGGCACUUAGAACUUUAACCUAAUAUACUUAUUUUAGAAAUAUGUAUUAUUUUUAGAGGCAUUUAUAUAUGCGUAGAGGGGAAGCAGAGGAAGUAACUUCCUCAUCAUGGAGAUUUUCUGCCAAAGUAUUAAUAAAAAAAAAAAAAUAUUUAAAAUUUAAAAAAUUUUUGUCAUUAUAUAGAUGCUUUAAUCAUAUGUAUACAUGCAAUUUAUAUAAUUUCUUAUUAAUUAUUAUCAUAAAAGUAUAAAUGUUACAUUGAUGUUUUCUUUAUUUAUAUUUUAUUCAAAGACUAAUAUUAUUAUGAUGUAGUUAAUUGAAUGUCUUUUUUUUCAUACUAUUAUUGAAAUGGACUUAUUUAAAACGACUGUGGUGUUUUUGUUUUACGAAAUUGUUUAGUACAGGUAUCGUGUUGGCUGAAAACUUUUUAAAAGGUAAUUGAAAAAGCGAAAAUGCGUGUUUUGAUACAUAUAACUUAUGUUUCAAAGUGAUCCAUUUAAGUGGGUACAGUCAUUGUCUUGGAAAGUGUUUAAUUUUUUUCAGAAUUUAUUUUGUAAAUCAUUUUUGAAAUGUAUCGAGUGUGAGCUUAUACCAAUGCAACAAUUUGUCAUAGGUUCGGUGUUGGCAUUAGACAACUUCAAAAAUUUCACGGGCAAGGUGUUCGUCAAGAAGGCGGUGAAAGACCACAUGUGGUUGACGUUCUGUUCGCCAGACACUUAUCUCUACAGCUUGGUGUUGUCACGGGGCGAACGUCUGCGCCCUAGGGUGAUGGAAGGUAUCAAUAAACUCAUUUCUAUGCAACAAUUUCCAGUCUCGGAUCAGAUAUGGACGAGUUGUGGGCGCUAAUAAUAAACUACACCUGUAUUAUUUGUUAUUACCUAUUAAAUAUUAAAAGUUUAAAGUAGUGAUAAAAUUAGUUAACUAUAUAGGUACAAUAUAUUUUUGAAUACAAAUUAUAUAAAUACUAAAUCUAUUUUUUUUUGAAAAUACUUUAUAUUGACUUGUGAGCUCUAUAAAAAAAUAUAAAAUAAACGCUGGAAUAAGUAUAGUAAAAUAUACUUAAUUAUUAUAUCAUACAUAAAUUAGCCCCUAAUGACUAAUUUCUUUACGGUCCGUAAAGUACUUAAUCCGAUUAUGGGUAUGGAAUAUGGAUACAACAAUCCAGACUUAUUGAAAACAU